GUGGGUUUGUUUCUCAUCAUCACCUCUCCAUCAGUGUGCAGUGAGCGCAUCACACUCACCAGCCAGCACUCACUCACUCACUCACACUCACACACACACACCAGUGCCAUGGACCUGCUCCGCCCGCUCGUGCUGUGGCUCACGGUUCUGUUCUCGGGUCCGCGAUGGGUCCUCGCGCUCGUGCUGCCGGACAUCACGGAGCCGGACUUCAUCCGCAGAUGCGUCCAGGCACACAACGCGCACCGCUCGCGCGCCUCGCCACAUGCAGCCAACAUGCGCCUGAUGACCUGGGAUGAUGCUCUGGCGAAAGGUGCCCGCUCUUGGGCCAGACACUGCAAGGCCUCUCAUAAUCCCAUUCUCCAACACAUGGGCCAGGCUCACCCUGACUUCCGGAGGGUGGGGGAGAACAUCUGGUUGGGUUCUCCAUACUCAGCAUUCACAGUAGAGUCAGCAAUCCAAACCUGGAACCAAGAGGGUGCCGACUACACUCACAGAAACCGCAGCUGCGCUAGAGUCUGCGGCCAUUACACACAGCUAAUGUGGGCAACAAGCUACAAGCUUGGCUGUGCUGUCCAUGUUUGUUCCGGUGGAAUCGACAACUUCUCCACUCAUCCACAGUCAACAAUUUUUGUAUGUGACUAUGGUGAUGCUGGAAACAUGUUUGGAUUCCCUCCAUAUAUAGUGGGCCUGGCCUGCAGCAGCUGUGGUAAAGAGAAAUGCCAGGAUAAACUCUGCACCGAUCCAACUCGUGACGAGCCUAAAAGGUAUGACUGGUCACCUGGUUGGGACAUUAUUCCGAAGUCAUCAGCUCACAGACUUCCUCACUGGCUGAACAGCACUGGACUGCAGCUUCUCAUUGGAUGGUGCUGGCUUUUUGCAACACAUUGAAUUCACCCAGUAAACCCAAUUCCAAGCUGUUCCAGCCUUAUGUCAACGGUUUCGAACUUCUUGCCAAUUAACAGGGAAUGUUAUGAAGGCAUAGCACUACGCUGAGUCAUAUGUGUGGCAUCCUCCCUGCUGUAAAGGACUGAUGCAUCUCCAUCGCUUUGUAAAUCUUAUUCAUAGGUCAUAUAUGAAUUCUGUAUGAACCUUUUGAACUUUCCUAAUUUCACGUUUCAGAAUAAAUAGAAAUCAGUACAUUUCUCCAUUUGUCAAUGUUCUACCUACUACCUCCAAGUACUACAGUUGUGUAUUGAACCUGGCAAAAACAUGGCGAUACCAUGCGUAUCACGAUACAGUGGUUGCAAUUCAAUAUACUGUUAUAUGCUUUACUCUAAGCAAGACGAUAUAUUGUGUUUUUUAAACUUUUUAGGAAAACUCAUAGUAUAAAAAACAACAUAACAUUUUCAUAACAACGUAUAUUCCAUAUAUUCAUAACAUUUGAGUAAAAUGUACUUCUUAUCGAAUAUAUAUUGAUAUAUCAAUAUUUUCUUACACCCCUAUCUGGAAUUCAUUGAAUAUUAUCCUUCAAGACUUUGUUCUUACUGAUUUAAAGCAACAAUCUUUAAGAUUUGAGGAUUUGGAGACCUCUCUGGUGAGAAUGUGUAAAUGCACUGAGAAUGCAGGUUUAUGUAAAUAAAUUACUGUGUGAAAUAA